AUGAAGGGGGCUGCCCAAGCUUUCUCACGCAUUCUCACAGACAACAACGUCGAGCAUGCCUUCAUCGGUGGUUUUGCCUUGAAUUUAUUAGGCAGCAAUCGAGAAACUCUCGAUAUCGAUGUUGAGGUUGCCAUGGACGAUGCCAAUCCGGAAGAGUUCCGGGGUCACCUUACCCAACUCCUUCGUUCGAUCCCUAUCCUCCACCCGAGCGUUCUCGUUCUCACUAAGUUGAAGCGCUCAUCGCAGUACAUUGGCAGUACACGCCCUCAGUCUGUGGUCAAGCUCUAUUCUGACGUCCGCGAUAUCGUGUACCUACUCCACUGGCUCCAAGAUCACUACAUGAAGAUUGACUUCAUCAAUUACGACUCGGUCACGCCUGAGAGACUAUACGAUGCUGUCCGAAACAUGCGCGCUCAUUGGGUUUCCAUGGGUGAAAACGACCAAGUCAAGAUGCUGGAUGAUGUCCUCCAGGAGAGCGACAAGGCAAUUGUCAUGAACAACUAG